GGGGUACCGGGACUCGGACUCAGGGCCUUGCGCUUGCCAGGCAGGUGCUGUGCUGCUGAGCUACAUUCCUGGCCCUGGAAGACAAAUUCUUGAAAAUAAACAUCAGUAUAAAUUUGAUAUUCAGAGAUAUAGUCUGAAAGGCAGAAGAAAAGUCCCACUAAAAGUUUAUGGGAAAAGAGUAAAUGAGGAACAAUUUAGUUGGAAAGUCCCCUCCCCCAUGCCAAGUGCUGAGGAUAGAACCCAAGUCUGGCACAUGCUAGCGAAACACUACCGCUGAGCCUGAAGUCUUGUGCACUUUUCAGGUUGGGUGCGCCACAUGAAGGAUCUCUAAAAGUUGCUUCACUUGGUUGAAUGGAAUUUAGGAAGUUUUAGAAGUGUAUUUCAUUUCAGGGGCUGGAGAGGUGAAGGAGAGCCAGUGUCCCCAAAAUUGGACUUCUCAGAACCUUUAAUAUGCUAAUGUGCAUUGUGAAUCUCCAAGAGGGGGAUAUGAUAUGCAGCAUUCUUGAAUACUUCUAAUGACAGGGAGCCCACUACCUCAUAAGCUGCAGCAAGAAGAGUUUGUUAUUUUAAACGGAGGCUGAAGAAACUGUAGAAUUAGCAGACAUAAGAGAAAGUGGAGAAGGUAGAGAAUGGAGUUGCAGACUCUCCAGGAGGCUCUUAAAGUGGAAAUUCAGGUUCAUCAGAAACUGGUUGCUCAAAUGAAGCAGGAUCCACAGAAUGCUGACUUAAAGAAACAGCUUCAUGAACUCCAAGCCAAAAUCACAGCUUUGAGUGAGAAACAGAAAAGAGUAGUUGAACAGCUACGGAAGAACCUGAUAGUAAAGCAAGAACAACCAGACAAGUUCCAGAUACAGCCAUUGCCACAAUCUGAAAACAAACUACAAACAGCACAGCAGCAACCACUCCAGCAACUCCAGCAACAACAGCAGUACCACCACCACCACACCCAGCAGUCAGCUGCACCCUCGCCCACCUUGACUGCUUCACAGAAGACUGUAACUACAGCUUCUAUGAUUACCACAAAGACACUACCUCUCGUCUUGAAAGCAGCAACUGCGACCAUGCCUGCCUCUGUUGUGGGCCAGAGACCUACCAUUGCUAUGGUGACCGCCAUCAACAGUCAGAAGGCUGUGCUCAGCACUGAUGUGCAGAACACACCAGUCAACCUCCAGACGUCUAGUAAGGUCACUGGGCCUGGGGCAGAGGCUGUCCAAAUUGUGGCAAAAAACACAGUCACUCUGCAGGUUCAGGCAACACCUCCUCAGCCCAUCAAAGUUCCACAGUUUAUCCCUCCUCCUAGACUCACUCCACGUCCAAACUUUCUUCCACAGGUUCGACCCAAGCCUGUGGCCCAGAAUAACAUUCCCAUCGCCCCAGCGCCUCCGCCCAUGCUUGCAGCUCCUCAGCUUAUCCAGAGGCCUGUCAUGCUGACCAAGUUCACCCCCACGACCCUCCCCACAUCCCAGAAUUCCAUCCACCCUGUCCGGGUCGUCAAUGGGCAGACCGCAACCAUAGCCAAAACAUUCCCCAUGGCCCAGCUCACCAGCAUUGUGAUAGCUACUCCAGGGACCAGACUCGCUGGACCUCAGACUGUACAGCUUAGCAAGCCAAGCCUUGAAAAACAGACAGUUAAAUCCCACACAGAAACAGAUGAGAAACAAACAGAAAGCCGUACCAUCACCCCUCCUGCUGCACCCAAACCAAAACGGGAAGAAAACCCACAGAAACUUGCCUUCAUGGUGUCUCUAGGGUUGGUAACACAUGACCAUCUAGAAGAAAUCCAAAGCAAGAGACAAGAGCGAAAAAGAAGAACAACAGCAAACCCAGUGUACAGCGGAGCAGUCUUUGAGCCAGAGCGCAAGAAGAGUGCAGUCACCUACCUAAACAGCACAAUGCAUCCGGGGACCCGGAAGAGAGGUCGUCCUCCAAAAUACAAUGCAGUGCUGGGGUUUGGAGCCCUUACCCCAACAUCCCCCCCAUCCAGUCAUCCCGACUCCCCCGAAAGUGAAAAGACAGAGACCACAUUCACUUUCCCUCCACCUGUGCAGCCUGUGUCCCUGCCCAGCCCCACCUCCACAGACGGUGAUAUCCACGAGGAUUUCUGCAGCGUUUGCAGAAAAAGUGGCCAGUUGUUGAUGUGUGACACGUGCUCCCGUGUGUAUCAUCUGGACUGCCUCGACCCGCCUCUGAAAACCAUCCCCAAGGGCAUGUGGAUCUGUCCCAGAUGUCAGGACCAGAUGCUGAAGAAAGAAGAAGCAAUUCCAUGGCCUGGAACUUUAGCAAUUGUUCAUUCCUAUAUUGCCUACAAAGCAGCUAAAGAAGAAGAGAAACAGAAGUUACUUAAAUGGAGUUCAGAUUUAAAACAAGAGCGAGAACAAUUAGAGCAGAAGGUGAAACAGCUCAGCAAUUCUAUAAGUAAAUGCAUGGAAAUGAAGAACACCAUCCUCGCCCGGCAGAAGGAGAUGCACAGCUCCUUGGAGAAGGUAAAACAGCUGAUCCGCCUCAUCCACGGCAUCGACCUCUCCAAACCUGUAGACUCUGAGGCCACUGUGGGGGCCAUCUCCAACGGCCCGGACUGCACCCCCCCUGCCAGCGCCAGCGCCUCCACGCCCACCCCCUCCCCGACCUCGCAGAGCUGCACAGCGAACUGUAACCCGGGGGAAGAGACUAAAUAACAGAGCCCUCCGGAGAAGCCACGGGAUCCUGGCGGCCAGGAGCGUGCAACACUGAAGACUCUAGAAAAGCAAAGCCGAUCGCUUCUGGGAAGUACAGGAUUCUUUUGGCUCUUUGGUUCCAGAGAGAGAGAAGAUGCUUGUGCCAGGUGGCACCCGAGUUUGCCAAUUGAUCCUUCUUAUUCUGUGUGUACAUGCAAAGAUUGGACCAUGUUACAUGAAAUAGUGCCAGCUGGAGGUUCUUUGCCAGCACCAUGCCAAGUGAGAUAAUAUACUUACUCUCUCUGUUAUACACCAGUGUGUGCCUGCAGCAGCCUCCACAGCCACCAUGGGUUUGUUUUUGUUUUGUGGGUGGGAGCAGGGACGGGCGGAGGGAGGAGAGCAGGUUUCAGAUCCUUAUUUGCCGAGCUGUUUGUCUAGGUAGAGAAGACAAGUCCAAAGAGUGUGUGGGCUUUCCUGUUUCUAAACUUUCACUACUAUCAAACCAAAAAAAGAAAAAAAAAGGAAAUCGAGAUUUAACCAACCCCAGUGCCCAGAAGAGGGGCGGGGUGGGGUGGGGAGGGGCGCGGGUGGGAGCUAUAUCCAUAAGCAGUAUUCCUAUCGUCAGGAGGGCCGCCAGGGCACUAGGGGGAGACCAGGAAGGCCACUAGCUUCUCCUCCCAGCCCUGCUCCUGCCCGGGUGCCCGCCGCCCUCCCAGGCCUCCGCCUCCCCUCCCCACCCCCGCUCGGUGACUGCGCACCCCUGUGCCGUGAGCCCCUCAGUCCCUGGAGACCAAGGCCAGCUGGGCCCUGCUGGCCUUGCCCAGGCAGGGAAGAAGGGUGUGUGUGUGGUCCAGGAAGAAAAAAGGUGAAUUGGUGAUUUUACUUGAAAACAAGCUCCAUCCCUUUUCUAUAUUUAUAAGAAGAGACGACCCUGAGCGAAGCAGCACGCGACCCAGGUGUGUGUGAAUUGAAUGGAGAUGUUUCUUUCCUCUUUUUUUUUUUAAAUUUUUGUUUUUCUUUUUUCUUUAAAGAAAGUUUUAUUUUGUUGUUUAUUUUACUUUUUUGGUAACAAAAACUAAACUAAGGAAUAGAAAAGCUGUUUUUCAGGCUGACAGUCCAGUUAAGGGUAGUCGAGGCCGUGCAUGGUAGCGUAGGAGUCAUAGUGUCAGUGAGGUCAGUGAGUCUUUGUGAGUCCUGUGUCAUCGUUUGGGCACUGUUUUUUUAUGCAAGGGCAAAAAAAAAAAAUCUUUGUAUCUGGGGGAAAAAAACACUUUUUUUUAAAUUAAAAAGGAAAAUAAAAGCUACUGAGGUCUUCCUAGUGUUACUUAAAUUAAGAUCAAGGUAAGAAACAUUGUAAAAAAAUUACAAAAGUGCUAUUUGUUUCCUAAAAACAGUGAUUUCUAUUAAAAAGGUGUCAGAACUGGAGAAAAUGCCGUGUAGUUACAAUUUUUUAGCACAGAACCUGCUGAUCAUGAUGACAUUUUGCUGUGUGUGUGUCUCUGAACUGGUGGGCCAGUCCCCAGGAAGGGCUGCGGGCUACGCGCCCUCCUCCUCCUCACAGACCACCCACUCUUCCUGGUGCAGGGAUCUCGGCUCCUGUUUUUGAGUCCAAAUGGAGUGUGCAUGGUAUCAGGGCCCUGCCCCCGGUCUCCUCCGUGUCUGCUAGAGCAAAGGCUGGUGCCUCAAUAAGAUCCUUCCUUUGGUGCUGCUCUCGGUCUUUCAGCCACCAGCAUUCCGAGUGCCUGGGGCGCCUCUUGAGAGGAAGGCCGGCCAGGUUCCUUGCUGCCCCUCGGAGGGUGUGGUGCGGGCUGGCUGCAUCAGCCCUCGGUGCUUCGAGAGAACAGAGGAGGGAGGCGCUUGAGGGACGUUUGUCUUCGAGAUGGAGCUGGGUGGCCUUGAGUCUGUCUUGCUUUGGAGAGUCAGAGGCUCCACCAUGUUCUCUGCCUGCUGGCCCAGGCAUCACCCACCUGCACACAGCUUCCUGGACACCCCUGGGCUAGAAUCGCUGUGCUUGCCUUGGCUCGGCCUAUCGUGGCCUUUCCUUUUUGGGAAAACCAGGUUCUGAAAGGCUCAGAUCGUCUCUGUCGUGCCGCGUGGGAAGUAAAUCCUGUCAGACGCAUGUCCACGCUGCAGCUCUUUGUCCAUUGCGUGUCCCUGGCUUAAGGGACAGAAGCAGAAGUUCUGCCUGUGGCCCCACUGUGAUGUCUCUUCUCAAUCCGCCCCAGGCCCGUGAUGGCCAGAGUCUGGGUGUGGCAGAAAAGGCCUCUUAGCUUCUCCCUCCCCCAGUUAGGCCCAGAGACAGAGGGACUCCGGAACGAGAGCAGCAGAGAAGAGAUGCUGCUUAGAGUAACACGCUCACCCUUGCUGAGGGCUUGGGGUUUGACUGCACAGGCCUCAGAGCCGGGUCCUGGCUGCCAGGCUGGCUGAGGGGAACAGAGGAGCCCCUCUUCUCAUUCAGAAACUGAGGUGCUAUGUCUAGUCAGGGAGCCUUGUAGAUGCCUGGACUAGUUGGGACAGUCGUUGGCGGCGGAUCAGAGGCCAGCGGAGGCUGAACGCCUUCUCAGAGCUCUCUGUGGACGUGUCUGGGCCCGUAAGCUGGGGCUUGCCGCAUAAUACCCGUCCUUCCUGGAAAGGAGCCUCUACUCCGAGAGGGGUGCGGGCUGGGGGACCAGGCCAGGAAGUGACUGGUUUGCCUGCUUGAGUACUGUCCACUACCUUCUGACCUCUCCUAAAGUCAAGGAACAGAUUCUUCCUAAAGUUCAGAUCCAGGCUGUUAUGGAGUACAACUUGCAGCCCUGGCCCCAGCCUCCAUCCUGGGCUCAAAUUCCAAGACUCCACCAUACUGUCAAGCAAGGCCUCUCGCUCCUGCCAUCUCACUGUCCUUCGCUGAUCUGCCAACCCAGGAGCUCAGCUCUGUCCCUCCGGACCCGUGGGCGCCCACAGCAGCGCCCCACCUGUGCUGCUUCCUCUUCUUCCACUCUUUCUCUUACUCUGACAUCCACAAGUGUAAGCUAGGCUGGCUCUGCCGUCACUUCCAAGGGCCUGGACUGGGAAUCCGAUUUAGCCCCAGAUCAGGCACAGUCCUGCCCCGGGGGCUGGGAAGUCCUCUUAGCUGUGUCAUCCUCCCAUUUGCGUUGUAGCUGCCUGCCUGCUUCCUCUGCCCUCUGCCCUCACCCCUCAGCACGGAUCCUGCGCAGCCCCGGGCGGUGCUAUGAGGUCAUGCUGCUGUCAUCCCCCUUUUUAUCCCCACCUUUAUUUUGCAUUCCUGGCCUGCAGGUCCUUUUUCUUCCAAGAAACCUGCUGGGUCUUGCCUCACCCUUCCACCUCCAUCCCACUAAGCUCAUCCAAUUCUGGUAUCUUCCUUCCUUAUCAGGCCUUUGGGGGCAAGCCUGUCCCAGUACCUGACUGGGACCCAGCUGGGGCGGUCCCUGGCGGGCCUUCCCUGUGUGAGGGCCUGUCCCUGGAGCCCGCUGCGGAGCCUGGGCUGCCUCGCUGUGCCUGCUGCUGCCGGCUCAGGCCCAGGGGCACUGCGAACGAGUGUACUUGGGGCACAUCGCUGGCGCUGUCUCUGUGGGUACUGCUGCCUGUCUGCCACCUCUGGCACUCUCUUGGGGCUAUUGGAGCCUCCCGGGGCUCUCUCAGCACCCCACCCCUCCACGCCCACUCAGAGUGGUCUCUUCCCUUUACUCCCUCCUUGGGUGUGGUCCGUCCUUACCUAAAGGGCUGAAUUUAGGAGACUUUCACCGCUGGUGGAAGGUGCCUAGGGUAACGGACCGAUGGCGGCCCAGGGACACUUUCCAGACCCUGGGUGCUCAGAUCCCAUAGCUUGUGUUGGAUGGAGGUAACUUUUCUGUGUAAAUGACUGGACCUCGCCCCACCCCUCAGCAGGGCAACCUCGGCGGGAAACAGGAGUCCCAUUCUCACCCUGACUUAAAUCUGGCCCCGAUUUAAGUCCUCUCAAGGGAGUUGGUGGCCCCUGGCGACCUCCUCUGGCCUUCCCACUAGAGUGGAGGGGGCAAGCUGGGGUUACCCCUCGAGAGCCUGGGCUCUUACAAGUGACUCCUAACAGGGAGGCAGGGCGCGGGUCCCGCUGGGCACUCCCUCCCCCGGCUCCUUCCUGCCAGGCCUCCAUGCCGCUCGCAGCCCCACGCAGCCGUGGCCCCCGCACCUCUCUGCAGUGUCCCGGUGCCCAGCCCGGGGUGAGUUGCAGGCAGGCAGGCAGGAGGGACGGGCAGGCCAGCGGUCAGCAAGCUCCGAGCGCAGGAGAGCCAGCCAGGCCCCAGUCCUGUCUCUUGUCCAUGCCCUUUGUGAUUUCAGUCUUGGUAGAACUUGUAUUUGGAGUUUUGUGCUUCAAAGUUUUUGUUUUUGUUUGUUUGAUUUUUGUUUUGAGGGGGUGGGGGGGAUACAGAGCAGCUGAUCAAUUUGUAUUUAUUUAUUUUAACAUUUUACUAAAUAAAGCCAAAUAAAGUCUCUCA